CACUCCCUUCAAAAAACAUAGAAACGUGGUUCAAAUGAUAGUGCAUGGGGACAUAUAAAACCACAGUCGAUGAAUCCAGUUGAGAAAACCAACCAACGUUAGAAAAACUACCUUAAACUCAAAAUCAAAUUGUUUCAAUUCACCAUCAAAAUGAGCCACUCAUUUCAGACAUUCAACAAACAGUUUCCUCUUCUUCCAUUUCAUCAUCUUCAUCAUGAUCAUAGAUUUCCUCACCAUCACUUUUCUUAUCCGUUGUUGCCACCUUCCUCUGUUAACUACUCUUACACAACCACUAUCUCUUGCUCUCAAUCUCGUUCUUCAUCACAUUCCUCCUCAAUUGCGAAACAAGAAGUUGCAAGUCAUGAAAGUGUUGCUAUCAGAGUUGAUCAGAAGAGUUAUAGUUACAAUCAGCUUAUCUCAUCGGCACAAAAGCUAUCUAAUCUCUUGUGUGAAAAUGAUGUCAAGGGAAAUCUUGCAGGAGCUCGAGUAGGAAUUGUAGCCAAACCAUCUGCAGAAUUUGUUGUCGGAAUACUUGCAAUUUGGUUUAGCGGAGGUGUUGCUGUUCCACUUGCACUCAGCUUUCCAGAAGUAGAGCUCCUGUAUGUGAUAAAUAAUUCGGAUGUGUCUGCAAUACUGAGUACCGAAGAUCAUAGCGAGUUAAUGCAAAGCAUUGCCAACAAAACAUCAUCUCGGUUUUUUCAUAUUCCGCCCGUUCCUAAUAAGUCCUCAGAGAAAAGCAAUAAUAAGCAUUCACAAAAUGGAAAACUUGACACAGACAGAAUUUUCCUGGAAAAUAUCGGAAAAUCUAUUGAAGAUCCAGCAUUGAUAAUAUACACUAGCGGCACAACAGGUAAGCCUAAGGGAGUUGUUCAUACACACAGAAGCAUCCUUGCUCAGGUCCAAGCAUUGACAAAAGCAUGGGAGUUUACAUCAGCUGAUCGGUUUUUGCAUUGUCUACCACUACAUCAUGUCCACGGGCUUGUCAAGGGUUUACUAGCCCCUCUCUACGUCGGUUCCACGGUUGAGUUUCUUCCGAAAUUUAGUGUCAGUGGAAUUUGGAAGAGAUGGCGCGAGUCAUAUCCAACUGAUGGACACAAGGCUGAUGACGCUAUAACUAUAUUCACCGGAGUUCCGACUAUGUACAUUCGACUAAUACAAGGCUAUCAUGCCAUGGAUCCCGAGCUGCAAGUCGCUUCUGCAUCUGGUGCGAGGAACUUGCGUCUAAUGAUGAGUGGAUCCUCUUCGCUUCCUCAACCUGUUUUGCAAGAAUGGGAAUCCAUCACUGGACAUCGCUUAUUGGAGCGCUAUGGCAUGACUGAAUUUAUUAUUGCGCUGUUAAAUCCUUUGAAAGGUGAGCGUAAAGCAGGCACCGUUGGCAAACCGUUACCUGGUGUGCAGGUCAAGAUUCUUGCAGACGAGGAGCAUGAGAGUGGGGAAUCGGGGGGUGGCGAGCUUUGCGUCAAAAGCCCUUCAUUGUUUAAAGAAUAUUAUAAUCUCCCCGAGAAAACGAAAGAAUCGUUUACAGAUGAUGGAUUCUUUAAGACCGGAGAUGUUGUCACUACAGAUAAAGAUGGAUAUUUCAUCAUUUUAGGACGUAAGAACGCGGAUAUAAUCAAGAACGGUGGCUAUAAGCUGUCUGCAUUAGAAAUUGAAUCAGUAAUAGUUGAGCAUCCAGCAGUCUCAGAAUGUUGUGUUUUGGGCAUACCGGACAAAGUCUACGGAGAAAUUGUUUGUGCAAUUAUCGUGCCAGCCGCAAAGAGCGAAGAAGAGUCGAAGCCUGCUCUAAGCCUAGCAGAGUUAUCCACUUGGGCCAAAACUAAACUUGCACCUUACAAGAUACCAACUCGACUUAUCGUGUGGGAGUCGCUCCCUCGCAAUGCAAUGGGGAAGGUAAACAAAAAAGAGCUGAAGAAGUUGGUGAGUUCAGAAUGAGCUUUAUUUACUGGCCAAAGUCAAUUUUUUGAGACCAGUUUCAUGAUGAUUCAAUGUAAUUUUAUCUAUCUAGACCUAUAUAUUAUUAAAACUAUGGAGUAUGGCUUUUGUAAUGCACUCAAUCUUAUAUUAUUAUUAUUUUCUUUAAAACUAUUGGCAACAUUUUGUAAUGUGAUUAGUAAAAUUUAUUUAUAGUAAA